UGAAAAUGUUAUUGAGAAUACAGUCAACCCGGGUCAUAUUGGAGUUUUCAAGAAAAAAAACAGCUGUUAAUAACUAAGUCCCUAUGUAGUUUCUCAAGAGGGUUUAAAUACAACUCUGGGUCCCCACAUGCCUGUGCACACUCAUUUGACAUUUGCUGAUCCUUUCACAGCUCCCAGACACAUGAACAUCUCCAACACCCCCCGCAACUCCAGCACCAUCACCGGCUUCAUCCUCCUGGGCUUCCCUUGCUCCAGGCACGGACAGAUCCUCCUCUUUCUGCUCUUCGCUGGGGUCUACCUCCUGACCCUCAUGGGCAAUGGUUCUAUCAUCUGUGCUGUGCGCUGGGAUCAGAGACUCCACACCCCCAUGUACAUCCUGCUCACCAACUUCUCCUUCCUCGAGAUCUCCUAUGUCACCUCCACUGUCCCAAACAUGCUGGCCAACCUCCUCUCUGACAACAAGGUCAUCUCCUUCUCUGGAUGCUUUCUCCAGUUCUACUUUUUCUUCUCCUUGGGUUCUACAGAAUGCUUUUUCUUGGCGAUUAUGGCAUUUGAUCGAUACCUUGCCAUCUGCCGGCCUCUACGUUACCCCACUCUCAUGACUGCACGUCUCUGCACCAAUCUUGUGGUCAGCUGCUGGGUACUUGGUUUCCUCUGGUUCUUGAUUCCCAUCAUCAUUGUCUCCCAAAUGUCCUUCUGUGGAUCCAGGAUCAUUGACCAUUUCCUAUGUGACCCAAGUCCUCUUCUUGCACUCACUUGCAAAAAAGCUCCUGUGAUAGGGCUUGUCUUCUCUACUUUAAGUCCUGUGCCUAUGGUUAUUCUCUUUAUCUUAAUUAUGGUGUCUUAUGCUCUGGUCCUUAGAGUUGUGUUGAAAGUCCCUUCAGCAGCUGGACGAAGAAAGGCUUUCUCCACCUGUGGCUCUCAUCUGGCUGUGGCUUCACUGUUCUAUGGCUCUGUACUGGUCAUGUAUGGGAGCCCAAACCCUGAGCAUGAUGCUCAAACACAGAAAAUUGUGACUCUGUUCUAUUCCGUUGUGACCCCACUUCUUAAUCCUGUGAUAUAUAGUCUCAGGAACAAAGAUAUGAAGAAGGCCCUGCAGAAAUUUAUCAAACUAUAG